GUAACAUAUCAUAUAGAAUUAACUUAUAAGAACAAAUCUGAUUAUAACUACAUAACUGCAGAAUGGAUGAUAUGUCACUUAAUUGCAAUUGUUUUCAGGGGUGGGGAGAGACAUGUAUAUUGAAGAUGCAUUUUUGCUCUAGUAGAUCAAUUUAUGCCUACUGAAUAUAUUCUGUAUUCAUGCCAACUAUAUUCUGUUGUGCUGAAGCAAAGCAAGAAUUUCAUUGUCCUAUCUGGGACACAUGACAAUAAACUCUCUUGACUUGACUUGAUUUAUCUUAAAUGUAGAAGUGCUUACAAUACCAUGCCUGCCUUACAACAAGAACAAAACCAAAAAUGUACAGCAGUGUAAAAAUUGAUACCUUUAUUAUUGUUUAAGAAGAAACUGCAGAUGCUGGAAAAUCGAAGGUAGACACAAUGCUCCAGUAUUUUUGUCUACCUUUAUUAUUGUGCUAAGUCUAGAUCUAUAAAAGAAGACUUUCUAAUAACUUGCUCAUGUACCAAAAAAUGUCUUAUAUAAUAUUGUCGGGAUCAUAAGAAUAGAAUUAUAUAUGUUACAGUCAUCAUACAUUGGGAAGGAAAUUAAGGAUUUAAUGUGUGCUCCUCGUGGCAUGUCGUUGUUCCCUAUAACUCUAUUUAUCAUGUAUUUUAAACACCAUUGAUCCGUGUACAUUGUGUGCCUGCGCGUGUGUCUGUCUGCAUGUGCCUGUGUGUGUGUCUAAAGCAGCAUCUGCACUUCCUUCCUGCUCCGUUCCUGCCAAAGAUCCUAUAGGUUCCUGCAGCAAGUCCGGACCAGACCCAAGAUCUUUGGACCAGACUCCAGCAAGUGCACGCAAUCGGCCUGGCGAUUGGUGGCAGGAAUAGCCAACCGAGGUGCACCAUUGCUGGAAAGAAGCGCUGAUUGGAUGCUAGGGUGGAGUAGGUGGUCCUCACUGACCAAUGGGCAGUGAGUGCGCACUGUUUGAAACAGACCAGAUUGACUUCAAUGAGAUCCUCGCUAUCUACAUAACGCCAUGCUGCACCAAGUUUUCCUCCAGGAAUUUGAAGAAUGCAGCACCGACCGCAGCUAAAGAGAUUCACGAGAUAAGAGCGAAAUGUAGAGUUCCACUGCAGAGCAGAAAAAAACUACUACUUAACAGUCUGGGAAAGCCACCCACUGGUUUGAGGAAAACCACCAUUGAAGCCAACGACCUGAAAUCGUUUAGGAACCAAUUGCCAAGAUCAAGUGUUUCAACUAUUAGAGGUAGGCGAAACAACAUGGGCUCCUUCAAUCAGAAUGAGCUCAGAAAGAUGGGUGGGAAGAUGGACACUACAUUUACAAAAGCUGCAUGCUCAAAAGAAAACCUGCUCAAUGCAACAUUUUGUCUCCCAUGUUCUGGUGACAACGAUGCCAGGCGCAAGAGCGUGGAUGAGGUCAUGCAGCGGCAUGAUCUGCCCAGCAUUGAUGCUGCCAGCAAUACCCUUCAGCCCGAGUCAGCACUUUCAGCACACUUACCAGAUAUCCCUAUCGAGCCGCAUAAUCUGUCGGGUUUAUUACCCAGCUUCGUCAAACAAGAGUGUUUGCGUAUAGCUGCUCAAAUGAGCAAUGAAAGCAACUAUGCACGAAAUGCAUGCCUCAUGGACAAUUCUAGAAUAGAUCAAGAGCCUGUGAUUGAUUUUACGGUACUCUCGUGUUCAGACAUCUCUCUAGUAAAAUCCCCACAAAUUCGCUAUACCGCUGAGUUGCCAGGAAAUAGUUUAAAGGAUGCUGGAUGUCAACUAAUCCAUACUGAAGUUGACAUAAAACUUAAAGAUUCAUUUUUUAGUUCCAUGACAGAAGACUCAGGAAAUCUGCCCUAUUCUCCACAUAAUUUGAUUCGGUUUGAUGACACCACCAUGCUGAGCGACCCUCAUGAUCUCAAGGAUGAAGAUACAAAUGUGUCAAAGUCAGAAGUUUAUUCCAGAAAUCUUGUGAGCUUGUCGCCCACCCUCAGACCUUACUUAAGUAAGGGAAAUUUAAUGGAAUCAAAUGAAACCAUGGUUUUCUACGAUACAUCAAAUAUGCGGGCAGAGAAUGAAUUAUCUGAUAAAAGUGUCAUCGAAACAAAGACUUCAACAAACUCCAAAAUCUCUCUCUCUGAGACAGACUUGCUCUUGUGUAAAGGAUCCGUGCUAAGCCAUGACAAUUUAAGUGUGCCAAAACCGAGUUUUGGUCUGGGAAAUGAAUUCCAGACUCCAACUGUGCCCAGUGUUGGUCGCGGAGACUUGAUCAAGUUGAAUGAAACCAUGACGCUGGCAAAUGUAACAUUUGAGGCAUUAAAACAUGAAACCAGCUUUGGAAAUUAUCUCUCGGCUUCCAUCUUGUCGGAUUCCAAGAUGUCCCUGAAUGUCCAAGAUGACGUGCAAUUAAAUGGAACUAUGACGGUAUUUGAUCAUAAUGCAACAUUUGAAAAGUCAAAGCAUGAAGACUUUCUUGGUCAUGAUGGCAAAGCGACUGCCUCGAUGAGUUGCAAGUUGGCUCUAUCCACAACCACAGAGCUUCAAGCGGCUGAAAUCGUGGCAGGGAAUGACUGUAAAGAUGCUACCUUUGAUACAUCAAAGCAAGACUAUAAUUUGGGAAAUGAACCCAACAAUGCCGUUUGCUUGUUGCCUCCAUCUAUUGGAGAUAAAGUGGAAUUAAACGGUACCAUAACUCUUGAACAUAAAAAUGCAAUGUUUGAUACUUCAAAACAUGAGAGUAAUUUGGGUAAUAACUGCAGCAAGACCACUCCCUUGUUGCCUCCAUCUGCAGGUGAAAAAGUGCAAUUAAAUGAAACCAUGACUGUGGACCAAAAUAAUGCGACGCGAUGUAUGGCAGCUUGAGAGCUGCAUUGGAGGUAAUGUCAGUGACAUCACUGCCUCGUCACACUGCAGGCUUACAAGUCAAGUUCCAUUUCAGACACAGAACAUUGAGAAUCAGGCUCUUCUUCGGAGCUUUCAGUUGUUGUUUGCAGAGUUUGCAGAACUUCCUGAAGAUGGAGACUGAUAGUAGAUUUCUUGGGACCCCGUGGA